UGGUAGGCUUGUUACGUAGUAUUGAUUUUGUCAGAGAACACACUUCGGGUAGACCACAUAUCGAUACGGUGGUGAUAUUCGGUAACAUUGAUGUGCAGGCCAUUGAUCUAUCUUCAUGAAAGAACUUUAUCACAUCGGAGUUUGCAGUAGUAUUGAAAUAUAUUCGUGAUUGUUUUUCAAAUCAAAUAAGAUCCCUGAUUGUCACAGAUGGAUUUUCACUUCCUAUUCCUAGUGGUGUUCGUCACUCAGGACGUCUCUGGCCAAUCAGAUUCCUUCUACAAUACUCAAUUGUAUCCAUCAAGCUCAUAUUCACAAACAAAUGGCUACACACAUGAUACAAGUAGCUAUGGGUAUUAUUCGGAUAGUAAUGGAUAUUCUCACAGCACCUCCAGUGACUGUACCUAUUACACAGACAGUUACGGGUCAUCUUUGUCUGGAGGGUCAUAUUCCAUAGGUCCCUGCACCGAUACUACAUGGUACCCAACAAGCUCCUAUCCCUACUACACAGACAGCAAUGGAUAUACGCAUAGUACAAGUAGCUAUGGAUAUUAUACGGAUAGUAAUGGAUAUUCUCACAGCACCUCCAGUGACUGUACAUAUUAUACAGACAGUUAUGGAUCAACUUUUUCAGGAGGGUCAUAUUCCAUAGGUCCCUGUACCGAUACUGCAUGGUACCCAACAAGCUCCUAUCCCUACUACACCGACAGCAAUGGGUACACACAUAGUACAAGUAGCUAUGGAUAUUAUACGGAUAGUAAUGGAUAUUCUCACAGCACCUCCAGUGACUGUACAUAUUAUACAGACAGUUAUGGGUCAUCACUCUCUGGAGGAUCAUAUUCCAUAGGUCCCUGUACCGUUACUGCAUGGUACCCAACAAGCUCCUAUCCCUACUACACAGACAGCAAUGGAUAUACGCAUAGUACAAGUAGCUAUGGAUAUUAUACGGAUAGUAAUGGAUAUUCUCACAGCACCUCCAGUGACUGUACAUAUUAUACAGACAGUUAUGGGUCAUCUUUGUCCGGAGGGUCAUAUUCCAUAGGUCCCUGUACCGAUACUGCAUGGUACCCAACAAGCUCCUAUCCCUACUACACAGACAGCAAUGGAUAUACGCAUAGUACAAGUAGCUAUGGAUAUUAUACGGAUAGUAAUGGAUAUUCUCACAGUACCUCCAGUGACUGUACCUAUUACACAGACAGUUAUGGGUCAUCUUUGUCUGGAGGGUCAUAUUCCAUAGGUCCCUGUACCGAUACUGCAUGGUACCCAACAAGCUCCUAUCCCUACUACACCGACAGCAAUGGAUAUACGCAUAGUACAAGUAGCUAUGGAUAUUAUACGGAUAGUAAUGGAUAUUCUCACAGCACCUCCAGUGACUGUACAUAUUAUACAGACAGUUAUGGAUCAAUUUUUUCAGGAGGGUCAUAUUCCAUAGGUCCCUGUACCGAUACUGCAUGGUACCCAACAAGCUCCUAUCCCUACUACACCGACAGCAAUGGAUAUACGCAUAGUACCAGUAGCUAUGGAUAUUAUACGGAUAGUAAUGGAUAUUCUCACAGCACCUCCAGUGAUUGUACCUAUUACACAGACAAUUAUGGGUCAUCUUUGUCUGGAGGGUCAUAUUCCAUAGGUCCCUGCACUGCUACUACAUGGUACCCAACAAGCUCCUAUCCCUACUACACCGACAGCAAUGGAUAUACGCAUAGUACAAGUAGCUAUGGAUAUUAUACGGAUAGUAAUGGGUAUUCUCACAGGACCUCCAGUGACUGUACAUAUUAUACAGACAGUUAUGGGUCAUCUUUGUCUGGAGGGUCAUAUUCCAUAGGUCCCUGUACCGAUACUGCAUGGUACCCAACAAGCUCCUAUCCUUACUACACAGACAGCAAUGGAUAUACGCAUAGUACCAGUAGCUAUGGAUAUUAUACGGAUAGUAAUGGAUAUUCUCACAGCACCUCCAGUGAUUGUACCUAUUACACAGACAAUUAUGGGUCAUCUUUGUCUGGAGGGUCAUAUUCCAUAGGUCCCUGCACUGCUACUACAUGGUACCCAACAAGCUCCUAUCCCUACUACACCGACAGCAAUGGAUAUACGCAUAGUACAAGUAGCUAUGGAUAUUAUACGGAUAGUAAUGGGUAUUCUCACAGGACCUCCAGUGACUGUACAUAUUAUACAGACAGUUAUGGGUCAUCUUUGUCUGGAGGGUCAUAUUCCAUAGGUCCCUGUACCGAUACUGCAUGGUACCCAACAAGCUCCUAUCCUUACUACACAGACAGCAAUGGAUAUACGCAUAGUACCAGUAGCUAUGGAUAUUAUACGGAUAGUAAUGGAUAUUCUCACAGCACCUCCAGUGACUGUACAUAUUAUACAGACAGUUAUGGGUCAUCACUCUCUGGAGGGUCAUAUUCCAUAGGUCCCUGUACCGUUACUGCAUGGUACCCAACAAGCUCCUAUCCCUACUACACCGACAGCAAUGGGUACACACAUAGUACAAGUAGCUAUGGAUAUUAUACGGAUAGCAAUGGAUAUUCUCACAGCACCUCCAGUGACUGUACAUAUUAUACAGACAGUUAUGGAUCAACUUUUUCAGGAGGGUCAUAUUCCAUAGGUCCCUGUACCGCUACUGCAUGGUACCCAACAAGCUCCUAUCCCUACUACACCGACAGCAAUGGGUACACACAUAGUACAAGUAGCUAUGGAUAUUAUACGGAUAGUAAUGGAUAUUCUCACAGCACCUCCAGUGACUGUACAUAUUAUACAGACAGUUAUGGGUCAUCUUUGUCUGGAGGGUCAUAUUCCAUAGGUCCCUGUACCGAUAAUGCAUGGUACCCAACAAGCUCCUAUCCUUACUACACAGACAGCAAUGGGUACACACAUAGUACAAGUAGCUAUGGAUAUUAUACGGAUAGUAAUGGAUAUUCUCACAGCACCUCCAGUGACUGUACAUAUUAUACAGACAGUUAUGGGUCAUCUUUGUCUGGAGGGUCAUAUUCCAUAGGUCCCUGUACCGAUAAUGCAUGGUACCCAACAAGCUCCUAUCCCUACUACACAGACAGCAAUGGAUAUACACAUAGUACAAGUAGCUAUGGAUAUUAUACGGAUAGCAAUGGAUAUUCUCACAGCACCUCCAGUGACUGUACAUAUUAUACAGACAGUUAUGGAUCAACUUUUUCAGGAGGGUCAUAUUCCAUAGGUCCCUGUACCGCUACUGCAUGGUACCCAACAAGCUCCUAUCCCUACUACACCGACAGCAAUGGAUAUACGCAUAGUACCAGUAGCUAUGGAUAUUAUACGGAUAGUAAUGGAUAUUCUCACAGCACCUCCAGUGAUUGUACCUAUUACACAGACAAUUAUGGGUCAUCUUUGUCUGGAGGGUCAUAUUCCAUAGGUCCCUGCACUGCUACUACAUGGUACCCAACAAGCUCCUAUCCCUACUACACCGACAGCAAUGGAUAUACGCAUAGUACAAGUAGCUAUGGAUAUUAUACGGAUAGUAAUGGGUAUUCUCACAGGACCUCCAGUGACUGUACAUAUUAUACAGACAGUUAUGGGUCAUCUUUGUCUGGAGGGUCAUAUUCCAUAGGUCCCUGUACCGAUACUGCAUGGUACCCAACAAGCUCCUAUCCUUACUACACAGACAGCAAUGGAUAUACGCAUAGUACCAGUAGCUAUGGAUAUUAUACGGAUAGUAAUGGAUAUUCUCACAGCACCUCCAGUGACUGUACAUAUUAUACAGACAGUUAUGGGUCAUCACUCUCUGGAGGGUCAUAUUCCAUAGGUCCCUGUACCGUUACUGCAUGGUACCCAACAAGCUCCUAUCCCUACUACACCGACAGCAAUGGGUACACACAUAGUACAAGUAGCUAUGGAUAUUAUACGGAUAGCAAUGGAUAUUCUCACAGCACCUCCAGUGACUGUACAUAUUAUACAGACAGUUAUGGAUCAACUUUUUCAGGAGGGUCAUAUUCCAUAGGUCCCUGUACCGCUACUGCAUGGUACCCAACAAGCUCCUAUCCCUACUACACCGACAGCAAUGGGUACACACAUAGUACAAGUAGCUAUGGAUAUUAUACGGAUAGUAAUGGAUAUUCUCACAGCACCUCCAGUGACUGUACAUAUUAUACAGACAGUUAUGGGUCAUCUUUGUCUGGAGGGUCAUAUUCCAUAGGUCCCUGUACCGAUACUGCAUGGUACCCAACAAGCUCCUAUCCUUACUACACAGACAGCAAUGGGUACACACAUAGUACAAGUAGCUAUGGAUAUUAUACGGAUAGUAAUGGAUAUUCUCACAGCACCUCCAGUGACUGUACAUAUUAUACAGACAGUUAUGGGUCAUCUUUGUCUGGAGGGUCAUAUUCCAUAGGUCCCUGUACCGAUAAUGCAUGGUACCCAACAAGCUCCUAUCCCUACUACACAGACAGCAAUGGAUAUACACAUAGUACAAGUAGCUAUGGAUAUUAUACGGAUAGCAAUGGAUAUUCUCACAGCACCUCCAGUGACUGUACAUAUUAUACAGACAGUUAUGGAUCAACUUUUUCAGGAGGGUCAUAUUCCAUAGGUCCCUGUACCGCUACUGCAUGGUACCCAACAAGCUCCUAUCCCUACUACACAGACAGCAAUGGAUAUAUGCAUAGUACAAGUAGCUAUGGAUAUUAUACGGAUAGUAAUGGAUAUUCUCACAGCACCUCCAGUGACUGUACAUAUUAUACAGACAGUUAUGGGUCAUCACUCUCUGGAGGGUCAUAUUCCAUAGGUCCCUGUACCGAUACUGCAUGGUACCCAACAAGCUCCUAUCCCUACUACACAGACAGCAAUGGAUAUAUGCAUAGUACAAGUAGCUAUGGAUAUUAUACGGAUAGUAAUGGAUAUUCUCACAGCACCUCCAGUGACUGUACAUAUUAUACAGACAGUUAUGGGUCAUCUUUGUCUGGAGGGUCAUAUUCCAUAGGUCCUUGUACCGAUACUGCAUGGUACCCAACAAGCUCCUAUCCUUACUACACCGACAGCAAUGGGUACACACAUAGUACAAGUAGCUAUGGAUAUUAUACGGAUAGUAAUGGAUAUUCUCACAGCAUGUUAAGUCAACCAUACAUAGGGAGUUCUUUCGGUCAGCUAUUCACGUCCAGUUCUUACGGUCAACUACCAGUGUCAAGUCUUAUUGGCUUACCGUUGAUUAGUAAUUCUACAGCUCAACUAGGAAUGUCUAGUACAAGUGGUUUACCAUCAAUGAUUAGUUCAACUGCUCAACUACCAAUGUCAAGUUUUACAGGUUUAUCAUCGAUGAUCAGUUCUGUGGCACAACUAUCAAUGUCAAAUUCUAAUAACACGCAAUUAAUCAUUAGUUCCACUGCGCAACUACCAAUGUCAAGUUCUAGUGGUUUAAUAUCGAUGAUAAGUUCUGUCACUCAACUACCAAUGUCAAGUUCGAUCGCUCAACUAUCAAUGACAAGUUCUAAUAGUGUGCCAGUUUUGUCUAGUUCUACUGCUCAACUACAAAUGUCAAGUUUUACUGCUUUACAAUCGACAAUUAGUUCUACCACUCAACUACCAUUGUCAAGUUCUAGUGGCACAACAUCGAUGAUUAGUUCUACUACUCAACUACCAUUGUCAAGUUCUAUUGGUUUGCCAUCAACAAUCAGUUCUACCACUCAACUACCAAUGUCUAGUUCGACAACUCAACUACCAAUGUCAAGUUCGACCGCUCAACUAUCAAUGUCAAGUUCGACAACUCAACUACCUAUGUCAAGUUCGACCGCUCAACUAUCAAUGUCAAGUUCGACCGCUCAACUAUUAAUGUCAAGUUCGACCGCUCAACUACCAUUGUCAAGUUCUAGUGGUUUACCAUCAACAAUUAGUUCUACCACUCAAAUACCAUUGUCAAGUUCGACAACUCAACUACCUAUGUCAAGUCCGACCGCUCAACUAUCAAUGUCAAGUUUUAGUGGACUACCAUCGAUGAUUAGUUCUACCACUCAACUAGCAAUGUCAAGUUCUAAUGGUAUACCAGUUUUGUCAAGUUCUACCACUCAACUACCAAUGUCAAGUUCUAGUGUUGUACCAGUUUUGUCAAGUGCUACCACUCAACUACCAAUGUCAAGUUCUAGUGGUUUACCAUCGAUAAUUAGUUCUACUGCUCAACAAGCAAUGUCAAGUUCCAAUGUUCAGCUAUCAACACUUAGUUCUACUAGUCAACUACUGAUGUCAGAUUCUACUGUUCAGUCAUACAUGUCCAGUAUUCAAACAGUGUCUACUUCUGUAACUCCACUAAGUUCUUCGUUUGUUCAACAAUCCUCAACCUCCAUGAUGAUGUCUAGUUCUUCACUUAGUGCCCCAACCAGCUCCGUUGUACAACAAACAACAACGACACCACCAGUUGCUGUAACCUUACCCCCACCUACUGUGACCUUAUCCCCACAAGUGGUGGCAACCAGGGUUGCAUCCACGGAUGGAGCCACUGUGGAGCCUGUAAUGCAGUGCCAGUUUCCAGAACCCCUCAGUUCUCUACGAUAUAACGUACAGUGGUACAUUAACGAUAACUCCCUGUCGAAUGCCAUAUUUAAUAUGGUGGAAUACAUCAACGUUAACACCUCCGCAGCUCUCAGACCCGCCCACUGGGUGUCUUCUUACAGAUUGAACAUGAAUGUGAACUGCAGCGUCAGUGCCCAACACACGAAUAGUGUCCCGGGAUCUGUAUUCACAAGCUCUCAGUUCUUAGCCGGAGUGACGGUCAACCAAACGACAUUGGAUAUUGAUGAAGGUCAAACAACAUCUGUAGAGGUCAGAAGCACACUUCCGGUGGGUUGCAGCGCCUCACUUACGGAGUCAGAAAAGGAAGCUAACUGCAAGGGUACUUUACACAUCCGGACAUUGGAAUAUUGGUCGUGGUGCUGGAAUGGAGUUAAGUACCUGUCGGCGGCAUUUCCGGACAACGGAUGCGAACUCCAGUUCUCGUAUAAAUAUUGGAAUGAGCCGGUACAACUGAAUAUUACCGGCUAUAUGGAUGGAAUGAAGAACUGGUGGUAUAAGUCGACAAAUAUAAAACUGGAGCCCGCAUCAGACAACAAUCAUCUGGCAUGGGGAAAUAUGCAGUUCACAGAUACGAUAGCAGUCAGAGUUCAUGAUCAGGAUACCAGUGGUGGGGGCAUAUGUAGUUCUUAUAACGAUCCUCACAUGCAGACAUUUGAUGGAAAAUAUUGGGAAAACCAACGCAUAGGAGAAUUCGUCAUGUACAGACACAAGACAAAAUCCAUUUCUGUCCACGCUCUCUUUUCGGCAUGUGUUCCGGGAUAUGCGUCUUGUAAUUGUGGAGUAGCUGUGAAGAGCGGAAAUUCCCUGUACGUCGUCCGAACGUGUAUCACAGUAUCCAGAUCCAAUAUCCAACUCCUCAGUGUACCAUACGAGUUGAUGGAAGGAUGUGAUACUGACGCCAUCGCCAUCCAGAAGACAGGAAGCAGAUAUAGGGUUUCCCUUCCUAACGGGGUGGAAGUGACUUUUGCCAUGAGUUCAUGGAGCAACUGGAUAUCCUUCGUCCAGAUUGUAGCGCCAUCUUCCGCCGUAUCACAGACAGAGGGGUUAUGUGGGUCUUACAACGGAGACACUUCAGACGACUUCAUCCCACGUGGCCAACAAAAUCCCACAGCGGACGCGAGAACGUUUGCAGAGUCUUGGAGGGUAACUCCAGGCUCCUCGGACAGUCUCUUUGUAAACAACCCGACUCUCGGAAGCUAUUCAGCACCAUCCUCCGUCUCCAGUGCUCCUACUACGUAUUAUUGUACUUGCUCCUCCUACCAAUCUGCCAAUCAAAAUCCGGGUUACGCCCACUGCCACCUCGAAUCUCCGACGGAACCUUGUUCUGAAACCCAGAGUCAGGUCGUGAAUGUGUGUACACAGAGCAGGCGAAAGAGAAGUACAGCCGGAUCUGAUGACGUCAUAGAUACGCCUAGCUUCACUUACGAUGCUGGUUAUGAUCAAGAUUUACAGGUAGCCACUUGGAGAAACGGAUGGAAUGAGAGUGCUGCGGUAGACUUCUGUAACAAUGCGUUCACUAAUGACCCAGCUGUCGUUGUUUGUGUGGAGAAAGUGAAUACCAGCGUGUCAGAGUAUACCAACAGCUGUAUAAAGGAUAUAAAGCUUCAGGGAGACACGGAAUUCCUGACUGCAACAUUGGAAACGCUUAAAAAGAAAUGCAUCACAACUGCAUCACGUGAUGAGAGUUUCCAACAGACAAACAACACUGACAGUGGUGUUAGUAUUCUCCAGACUCUCUCCAGUAUGACGUGUGUGAACAACUGCUCCGGACACGGAUCCUGUGCCAAUGAAACAUGCACCUGUGAUGCCACGUAUAUAGGAGAAGACUGCUCCCAUAAUCUUCAAACCCCUCCAACCGAUCUCGCUGUCCCCACCAAUGGGCUUUGUGACACAACAGCACGUGCAUGCCUGACCCAAAACAUCCAGGGUGUUUUCCACAAAGAACCAUAUGCUCUAGCCAUUCAUUUCAAAGCAACAGAAAUCGGAAAAGAAUAUACAAAUUACAGCGUCAUGGUGAACGUGACGUAUCGUCAAAUGAAUCUCGUCACUGUAACCAUACCGACGGCACCUUCGUCGUCAAGGAGACGACGGUCAACAGAUGGGACGAUAAAUGGAUGGGAUAUCAGUUUUAGCUACGACAACAACACCUUCAGCAACUCAACGUCACUUGUCGUGUAUAACAGCGGGACACAAUCGUGCGACUACACAACCUUUACAUGCACAACGUUUACUUCGUCUCCUGCAGUAGAAUCAGAGAGCAGUUCCGCGGGAGCAAUAGCAGGGGGUGUUGUGGGCACAGUGGUUGCCUUGGUUAUCAUAGCUGGUGUUGUUUACUACUUUAAAUUCUACAAAAAGAAAGGAACAUGGAAACGGCCGUCAUCAUCAGGACGAGUGCACAACACUAGCUACAAACAGGAGCUGAUCGACAUGUCUAUGGGAGAUGAGCAUCCCCCGCCCCGAGAACCGUCCUUCAAUUUAUGGGUGGCUAAAUAAUCAAUCAAUGUAGGAGAAGAUCGAUAUUCAGGUGGAGAUGUAACUGUGAUAAAUACAUCUAUAGAUAUAUUCUCUAGAGGAAUAAUACUCUCCGUAUUCUUUUUCUCGCCAUUAGAACAAAUUUAAACAAUAUUUUAUUAUGAAUAACAUAAUAAGGAUGAGGCAGCAGGUGACGCCUAUAUUAGCCUUCUCCUUAAAGAAUACUUUAAGAAUAAUAUGUUCUUUGAAGAAGUUUAGCAUUCUGGGAACAUAUCUCUUGAAAACUUGAGCUAUUUGGAGACGGGUUGUUCUGAACUCUAAAGAACGGUAAAGGUAUUGGGGUCUUUAGCAAAUACGCACAUGUAUUCACAAGAACAGAUUACACUCAACGAAACGAACUACAAGAGAGUCAGGGAAAAAUCAAAUGUCAUUAAUUAUUUAUUAUAUAUUCAUGUAUAUAAAGCUAAGUACUACUGCAGAUUCCUUAUUUUACGCGAGUACUAAAUUAUGGCAAAUCGCGUGAAUAUGAAUUCGCGUGUGGUCUGUUAAUCAAAAGUUCUUGCAUGUGAUUUAACAGAAAAAGCGAAUAAUUUUAUUUAGCGAGUGAUGUCUCUUGCGAUAUUGCGCGAUAAUAAAUCCCUCAUGUAUAUUUAGGAAUUUACAGUAUACAUGUAUUUAAAUUAUUUUUUUAAAAUUUGACAUUCGUUUUGACACGGUAAUGACUAUUACCUAGAUAAUUUUAAGAAUUUAUAAUUACAUUUCUAUAUUGAGCAUUGUGGGUGUUUUCAUAUCUAACAAUCUAGACAUUUUAUUUUUAUUUUCCAUCUCCAUCUUUUACAAAAUUUGUUAAUUAACAGCACGUACAAUCAGCUCCUAUACUGUAACAUCAUUUAAGUUAGUGUAGUAAUUUUUUACGAGGAUUGAGAAUAAUAUGCAGCGUGUUGGUGGCGUCUUGAUUUCGUGGAUGAAGAAUUAUCGUUCUUACAUGUAAGUGUCCAUCUCUUCUUUUUUUAAAAAUAAAUUUGCGGGUAUGCCUGCAUCAAGAAAAUUAUGUUAAUCAGACUCACAAGAAAAUUCCUUAUUCCACUACAUUUACCUGUAAGUUUACCUACUUCAUAUGUGAGAAUGGAAGGAUUUUGAUUUUGUUUAGACGAAUCGUGGUAUUCGAAAAAUGAUUAGUGUGAUUUUAUUGAUGAGUUUUACUGAUAUGCUGCGUGUAGUUAAUAACCACGAUAUGAACUUCAUAUCAAAUUAUCCCGUCCUAAGUGUCCAUCCAAAUCAUUCAUGCCAAUUAUCCGUCCUAAUUUCAAAUGGCUGGUUUUUUUUAAAAGUCAGACAUUGGUAUUUUUCGUAAGAGUCUUCUUACAUUUGUAUAAUUCAAUCUUGAGACAAUAUAAAUGAAAUUGUUUUAUUCUUUGAAGUUGUCCUAUUUAUUUUGUAUUUCUUUAUUUCGUUUUCACUAUAGUUCAACUUUUAUUUUUGAGUGUAUAUAUAUUAUCAACAUGGUGUCUCGCGUAAUCUGAUAUUAUUUGAAGCUUUGUAUAUUUCAUUUUUCUCAUGAAAUGCCAUUUCAACACCAGACCUCAAGAUUAGAUUUGAGUAAAAAUUUGAUUUCUUGUAUUUAACGCAGGCCUCAAGUUUAGACUUCAGUAAAAAAAACAACCAAUUGAUUAGUUGUAUCUAACAGAUAUUUAAAAGCUGCCAGUUUAUAAAAAAAAUUAAAUGCAAACAUAUACUGACAAAUUUGUUUGCCUCAGAAAAUUAUUUCAAAAGCUAGUUACAGAUUUGAAAUUUAGAUUUAAGUCUAUUCUCAUUUUAUGGUUUUGAGGCCUGGUUCAUAUCCGUCCAGUUAAUGAUUUUUUCCUUCUAUUUCUGAAACACCAGUAUUACAGAUUUGUUUUAUUGUUAUAUAUUUCUAUCCUGUCGUUUUAUGACAAACAUUGAAGAUACUUUUGAAAGAGUUAAUGAGAGGCAAUAAUUGUUUGUAUGUUUUUUUGUGAAAUACGUUUUUAGCUUGAUAAAAGAUGCUGUUAGACCACAAACCUGGAAGUGUUGUCAAACUGUCGAAAUACUUGUUAAAAUAUUUUUUACAAUAUAUUAUUUUUUCCUUUCCGUGAUAUCCGUCCAACUGCUGAUUUUUAAGAAGGAAAAAAUGUCCAUUAUUUUAAAUGUUUAAUCAUUUACAUACCACUGCUCAUUUUAAUACUUAACGAUUGAUAUGUACAUGCAUGUGUUAGAUAUGAUUGUUAGGGGAAAAUAUUUUGAUGAUAAAGUUUUUUUAAUGUCAUGUGUGAAACAGUAUUAUUUUUAAAAACAAAAGGGUUUUAAAAAGUUUUUAUAUUAAAAAACUGUUUGGGAUAUGAAAAUAUUCACAUUAAUGAUGUUUGGUAUACUGAAGUAGUAGUGUCUAUAUAGUCCCUUAUACAUCCACAGCUGGCCUGUAUGACUAAGAUUUCCUAUGUACAUGCGCGUAUUUACAUAUGUACUAUAAAUUUACUACACUGGGUAAAAAAAUUAAAAUGAUAAAAUAAAACAAAAACAAACAGAAAAUAAUAAAGUAUCCAUUUGUUAUAUGCUAAAGUUGAUUGAAGCAUGUCAUUUUGAUUUUAUCAUUCUUGUUUCUAUUAUCAAAUCAAGAUGUUUGUUGACAAUCCUAACAGCUACUGUGCCUUAUUUUACACACACACACACACACACACACACACACACACACAGAGAGAGAGAGAGAGAGAAACAAACACACACAGUUUGUAUAUCGUUAUUUAUAUUGCGGUUUUCAAUUUUAUCUCUGUUUACCUGUUUUCUGUUAGUGUUCCAUCAAAUCAGACUCUGUAUUUUUUAUUAAAUUCAAUAAAUACAUGUACACACGU